AUGCCCCAAUUUCAACAAGUGGAUGUGUUUAGCUUGAAGAAAUUCAAAGGCAACCCCGUUGCUGUCUUUUUUGAUGCCGACAAUUUGUCGACGGAGGAGAUGCAAGCCAUGGCGCUGUGGACCAAUUUGUCUGAAACUACGUUUGUACUCAAGCCAUCUGACCCUAACGCAGACUACCAAUGCCGUAUCUUUACUCCAGUUGAGGAGUUGCCAUUUGCUGGUCAUCCCACCAUUGGCACUUGUUACGCCGUAACUUCAUCGGGAUUGGUGAAACCCAAGAACGGGAAGGUUAUCCAACAAUGUAAAGCAGGUCUUGUCGAGUUGACUAUUGACGAGUCUGGUGUUGAGUUCAAAUUGCCCUAUUAUCAUUUCAGUGCAAUUGAUCAGGCAACCACUGACGAAGUGGCUAAAGCUGUUGAUAGCACGGCCAUCCUUGCACCAGGUGUGCUCGUCGACGAUGGACCCAAAUGGGCCUGCUUCGAAUUGAAAAGCGGGGAGGACGUCAUGAAAGCGAUCCCUAAUUGGGCGUUUAUUUCCAAGGUUAGUACUGAAAAUGGCUGGACCGGCAUUGAGUUGUUCGGCAAGUACAGCGACGGAACUUACGAACUUCGCAAUUUAGCUCCAGGCACUGGGGUGGCGGAAGACCCCGUUUGCGGACUGGGACUGGGUGCUUUGGGCGCUACGAUCAGUCAAUACACCAAACGUAACGAGACACAAUUUAGCAUUCGCCAAGGACGUCCAAUCGGCCGCGACGGUCAUAUUUCAGUACGAGUUGAAGACGCAAACGUGUACGUUAAAGGGAAAGCUACAACCAUCAUAAAUGGUACAUAUUGA